UUCCAGUAUAGUCCCUUUAAACCACUCCACUCAUUCACUUGGUCCAAAGCUAUCGACUCUUACCACCCCUAGGCAUGUUCCACAUGGACUGCUCCUAAACACUAGGACACUCAAACAAUUUAGACGGCACCACUUAAGCUACCUUCAGUGCCAGGAACUUGAAAGAAAUGUGAGGACCAGAAGCUGUCACUUUGGAAACUAACUUUGCACAAAAUCAAAAUGAAAGUGGGAAUACUUUACACUUUAUCGUGGAUUAUACUGUUGUUUGAAAUUUAUGAAUGCACAGAGCCCAAUGUCACAGAGCUUGUAUGUCCGAGCGGAUUUUUCCGAUUCCAACGGUCAUGCUACCGAUUCAGUGAGAUGAGGGCAACGUGGCUCGAGGCUCAGGGAUUCUGCAAGGCGAUGGGAGCCAACCUGGCCAGCAUUGAAUACUGGCAGGAGAAUCGUUAUAUUGUGGGCUACAUUAAGCGGCACCACAGUAAGUUUAAAAACAAAGCGUUCAAGAGGAGUUUCUGGAUCGGCGGGAACGACUUUGCCAAUGAGCGGGAAUGGCGUUGGGUUGAAACUCAGGAGAAAGUCCGCUACCAAAAUUGGUAUCACGGGCAGCCGGACAACGCAAAAAACAGUGAACAUUGUAUGGAGUUGGAAAAGAAGUAUAAAUAUCAAUGGAACGAUCAAUCGUGCGAACUACGCAAUCAUUUUAUUUGUGAGAUACCUUUGCAUGUUUACUACAGGAAGUAGUCGUUAACCAUGUUACCAGUUUCGCAACAAGAUGAAUUGUUGGUGUCAUGACACUAAAAUAUACAACUUUCUGCUCUGGACAGUCAAAUGAGUCAGGAAUGAAACGAAACAAAAAUGAGCUGGUUCAAUAGAAAGUGAAUUGAUAAAUUUGAAGUUUGGCAAACUGUACAUAAAUCUGACAACUUAGCACACUUUCCAAUGAUAAUUUAUCGCACCAUGCACUGUACAGUAUCAGCAAUGGUUUCUGGUAUCAGGUGUAUUAGGCACUAUAAAGAGUUAGUGUUAAUUUUACAAUAAUAUCAGUGAGAGAUUGUUGUAAAAGUAGACAAAUUAAUGGAAAGAUCAUCCAUCACAUCAGUCCAAUAUUUUACAGAUCGCCAUAAAAUUACAAUUAUUGAUAUUUCCUUUAAGCACCUGAGAGAAAAUAACUUUAGAAGAUACAAUGUAGCCUCUGCAGUUUUUUACACUUCCGAGUGCAAUCCCGUUGAAUUGACGUUAUAUUGUGUUGAGUAAAAACGUGAGUAGAAAAGAGGAAAUUUGAAUGGUAAGAACUGGUGAAAUAAAAUGUUACUUGUUAGAAAUGAAGAGUGUAAAAGAACUCCUGCACUCAAAUUAUGACGUUUCAAGUGAAAUCUGAAGGCACUGAUUCCCUCAUCGCCAGUUGUGUCAACUUGUUAUAAGAUGUACUGUCAUUUAUUAAGAGAUAAAGUUGUUAUCUAUAAUGGAAUAAUCAAGAACGGUUAUCUGAAUUAUUGUAAUGUUAGCUUUGUACAAUAUAUGCACACAAAUAAAUAUUUCUGAAAAAAA